AUGUCCACCAUCACCAACGGAGCCAGCAACGGCGCGCCCGCCAACGCGCAGCCGCCAGCGCUUAGCGCCCAAGCUCAACAGAUGCUCACUGGUAUGACCAAGGAGAGGCUACACAGCAUGAUUGCUCGCAUGCAGCAGCUCAAAGCCAGCGGCGUCAACGAGGCCACCAGCCAAGAGUAUGCUACGCUCGUCAACACACUCAAAAUGUUCCAGCAGUAUCAGGCCAUGCGUCAACAACAGGCCGUCGCCAUGCAAGCAAGAGCAGCACAACAGCAACCUGCGCCUCGCACUCCCACCUCUGCCACCGCGCCAUCCGCACCUUCGCCAUCGCAGCCGACCAGCGCAUCGACGCCCGCAGCAGAUGCAGCCAACGGCUCUUCCUCCACCAAUGGCAUCGUCGUCAAGACCGAAGAAGACAUCUCGCGCUCCUUGAGCCCCGCCAACUUUACGCCUGACCAGCUCAACGCGCUCAAGACCCAGAUCAUCGCUUUCAAGCUCAUCUCGCGCAAUCAGCCGUUGCCGUCCCAUCUGCAAGAGGCCAUCUUGGCCGCAGAUCGAGAGUCGGAAGCGCAAGACGCAAGCAAGGGCGAAUUACUCACCACCGCGACGCAGAUCGCUGCCGCCGCUGUAGCAUCAUCAGAAAAGCCAACGUUGGACGAAGCCACCAAGGCAAGCAUGUCGAAAGAGGGCGCUGCUGCUACUGCGUCAUCCGAAAAGAUCGCAGAGAUUCCACGACCGCCCAGCCCGAAAGACGACCCGAGCAGCUCGGUAUAUCCCUACAAUGCCUACGUGCAUCCCUUCUCGUACAUCUCCAAGCCUUUGCUCGAGGACGACGACUAUACAGCCACCAAGCAGCAACGACUCUUGAUACCGAGCCUCGUACCAGCCGGCCUCGAGCCGCGCCUCCUGCUGGAAGAGCGCGACCGAUUCGUCCAGGCUCGCAUUCGUCAACGCAUCCGAGAGCUCGAGUCCUUCCCCGCCGACAUGUCCCAGAGCCCUACCAUGGCGAGCCUCAAGGGCAAGGAGAACGCGCAAGAUCUCGUCUCGCAGCUUCACCAGCAAGGAGACAAUGCCAAGUUGAAAGCGCUUAUCGAGCUCAAGUCGCUCCACCUCCUCGAAAAGCAGAAGCAGCUGCGCGAGCAGGUCGUUCAGAGCCUCAACCUGGCUACUACGCUCGGCCUCGACCGUGUCGCGUUCAGACGUGUCAAGAAGCAGACUCUCCGCGAUGCACGCAUGACCGAACAACUCGAGCGCAAGCAGCGUGUCGAGAGGGAGAAGCGCGCCAGGCAGAAGCACAUCGACUACCUCAGCACCAUCUGCAACCACGGUCGCGACCUAGUUGCAGCGCAUACGCGGGUCAACGACCAAGCUCGUCGAUUUGGACGUGCCAUGCUUAAGUUUCAUGCCGACACCGAGCGCGAAGAGCAGAAGCGAGUUGAAAGGAUCGCCAAGGAGCGUCUCAAUGCGCUCAAGGCCGACGACGAGGAAGCCUACCUCAAGCUCAUCGACACUGCCAAGGACACGCGUAUCACGCACCUCUUGCGACAGACCGAUGGCUACCUCGACAGCUUGGCGCAGGCCGUCCAAGCGCAGCAGAACGACGACGUCCACGCCGAUGCCAUCGCAGCCGAGCGUGCCGUCGUUGUCGAGGACACGGCCAAUCAAGAGGUCGGCGUGGCGGUCGACGAGACCAUGUUCGGUGCCACUCGCCAGGACGACCCCGCCGAAGACCGCGGCAAGGUCGAUUACUACUCGGUGGCGCAUCGCAUCACGGAGCGCAUCACGCAGCAGCCGACCAUCCUCAGCGGUGGUACGCUCAAGGAGUACCAGAUGAAGGGUCUCCAAUGGAUGAUCUCGCUCUACAACAACAGGCUCAACGGUAUCUUGGCCGACGAGAUGGGUCUCGGAAAGACGAUCCAGACCAUCUCGCUCAUCACCUACCUCAUGGAGUUCAAGAAGCAGAACGGACCCUUCCUCGUCAUUGUUCCGUUGUCGACGCUCACCAACUGGGUCAACGAGUUCAACAAGUGGGCGCCUACCGUCUCGACGCUCGUCUACAAGGGCACGCCCAACAUGCGAAAGCAGCUCACGGGUCGUCUUCGCUCCAUGAACUUCCAGGUGCUUUUGACGACCUACGAGUACAUCAUCAAGGACAAGCACCUGCUCGGCAAGAUCAAAUGGGUGCACAUGAUCAUCGACGAGGGUCAUCGUAUGAAGAACACGCAGUCCAAGCUCACCAUCACGCUCACGCAGUUCUACACGAGUCGAUACCGUCUUCUGCUGACGGGUACACCGCUGCAGAACAACUUGCCAGAGCUGUGGGCCCUGCUCAACUUUGUGCUGCCCCGCAUCUUCAACUCGGUCAAGAGCUUCGACGAGUGGUUCAACACGCCCUUCACCAACACGGGUACCGAAGGUGGCAUGCAGCUCAACGAAGAAGAGGCGCUGCUCGUCAUCAAGCGUCUCCACAAGGUGCUGCGACCGUUCUUGCUGCGUCGUCUCAAGAAGGACGUGGCUUCCGAACUUCCGGACAAGGUGGAGAAGGUGAUCAAGUGCAAGAUGAGCGCGCUGCAGAUCAAGCUGUACCAGCAGAUGAAGAGGCACAAGAUGAUCCUGUCCGGCGAGGACAACAGCACCGCGGGCAAGAAGGCCAAGCCGCAGGGCAUCCGAGGUCUGCAGAACGCCAUCAUGCAGCUGCGAAAGAUCGUCAACCACCCUUACGUAUUCGAGCAGGUCGAGUUGGCCAUCAACCCGACCAAGGAAAACGGCCCGGAUCUGUAUCGAGUCGCCGGCAAGUUCGAGCUGUUGGACAGACUGCUGCCCAAGCUCUUCGCCACCAAGCAUCGCGUACUGAUCUUCUUCCAAAUGACGGCAAUCAUGGACAUCAUGGAAGACUUUUUGCGCUACCGAGGCUUCAAGUACCUCCGUCUCGAUGGUUCGACCAAGCCCGACGACCGAUCGGAGCUGCUCAAGGUGUUCAACGCGCCCGGCUCGGAGUACUUUAUCUUCAUCCUCUCGACCCGUGCCGGUGGUCUCGGCCUCAACCUGCAAUCCGCCGAUACCGUCAUCAUCUAUGAUUCCGAUUGGAACCCGCAUCAGGAUCUGCAGGCGCAGGAUCGAGCGCACCGAAUCGGUCAAAAGAUGGAAGUGCGCAUUCUGCGUCUUGUCACGGAAAAGUCCGUCGAAGAAACGAUCCUCGCUCGAGCGCAGGACAAGCUCGAGAUCGAAGGCAAAGUCAUCCAAGCCGGAAAGUUCGACAAUCAAGCCACGGCGGACGAGCGCGAGCUGCUACUCCGAGCGAUGUUGGAAGCGGACAACGACGACGAAGACGAAGACGACGGUGACUUCAACGAUGACGAGCUCAACCAGCUGCUGGCGCGUGGCGAGCACGAGGUGCCCAUCUUCCAGCAGAUUGAUCGGGAGCGUCAACAAGCGGACGCUGAUUUCUGGAAGUCCUUGGGAUACAAGGGCAAGCUUCCCGAGCGCCUGAUGCAGGAGUCCGAACUGCCCACCGUCUACCAACAAGACUUCGACACGGACAAGCUCGAGGACGAAGUCGAGGAGGAACAGCCGGCGACGCGCAAGCGCAACGUGGUGCACUACGACGACGGUCUCACGGAGGAUCAGUUCCUGCGUGCGCUCGAGGACGACGAUGUGGACAUCAACGACAUUGUAGAGCGCAAGCGGGAGCGGAUCGAGAAGCGACGUGCCAAGGCGCAGAUGCAGUCGCUGGACUCGCUCGAGGGGACACCGGAGGUGGAGGGUGGCAAGCGGAAGAAGGGCGGUCGGGGUCGCAUCGCGGGGGCGAGCGAGACACCGGAACCGUCGCCCGGUCCAUCGGGUCGCAAACGCAAACGUUUCGGCAACGUCUCCCUCGACGGCUCUCCGGACUACGAAGACUCCCCCUCCGCCGCCGCCCGCACCGCCGUCCCGAAACGCCGCAAGACCGGCGGAGGCGAAGACGACACGCGCGACCGCAUCAAGUACGCGCUCAACCAAUGCUACCGCGCGGUCGAAACCUGUCUGGAACCGGAAACCGGUCGCAAGCGCUGCCUGCUGUUCUUGGAUGUGCCCAAGAAAUCCGACUACCCGGACUACCACGUGAUCAUCGAAAAGCCCAUUGCGAUGCGUCAGAUCAAACGGCGCAUCGACAACCGCACCUUCCGCCGCGUCGAUGCGUGUCGCGACGAGUUCCAUCUCAUGGUUCGCAACGCCAAGACGUACAAUCAGGAGGGAAGUUGGGUGUACAAUGACGCGGUGGAGUUGCAGAAGGCGUUUGAUGGGGUGUACGAUAUGUUUUGUCGACACAGUGGGUUGCCUGGGAGUGAGAAUGAGGGUGAGGCGUCGGUUGGUGCGCCGGCUGGAGGAGGGGAUGAGGACGAGGACGAGGAGGCGGAGGAGGGAGAGGAGGAGGAGGAGAAGCCCGUCGUUCCUGCCGCGAGGGGGAUCAAGAUCAAGCUGGGGAAGAGGAAAGUGGUGAGGAAGAAGGGCGAGAGCGAUGACGAGGAGUGA